AUGAAUUCUACCAGUUAUCAAACUUGUCCAAUUUGCUCCGCGAAUCAUUACGUUGCAGUCUGUCCUAAGUAUUCCUCCAAAACCGUGCAACAGCGAAUGUCAAUCAUUGCCAAACAUAAACUCUGCUACAAUUGUCUUGGAUCUCAUCGGUCCUCGGCUUGCCGUGUUACGAAACGUUGCUUAAAAUGCGGGCAUAAGCACCAUACUACUAUUCAUCAAUUGAAUAAAUUCAAUAAUUCAGCCAGUAAACAGAGCGAUAAAAUUAAUACUACGCAACCAAAUACUGACCAUACGAACACUAAAACUCCUGUUGCUUCUGGCUCAACGGUUCUACAUUCUACAACUGCUUUGAAGGUUACAUCUUGCAUUUUGUUAGCAACUGCUCAAGUCCUUAUCCAGUCUCAGAAAGGAUAUAUUGUAAAAGCCCGUGCUCUAAUAGAUCAAGGAUCAGAAAUAUCCUUGAUAACUGAAAGGCUCGUGCAACGGUUACAUCUCACAAGACAGGCCUUUUUCAUUCCACUAGUCGGCAUAGGAGCUAAAACUUCAAUGAAAACGAAGGGACUCGUUUCUUUCAAAAUAAAGCCUCACUUCCAAGAUAAUUUCGAAGUGGAAUCUCAAACAAAGUCUUGGAAUCAUUUGAGCGGAUUAAAGCUCGCAGAUCCGGAAUAUAAUGUACCCGGUUCAAUUGAUUUAAUUCUUGAUGCUGACUUUUACAGUCAAAUCAUUAAAGAAGGUAUCUCGAAGGGUGAAGUAGGAUCUCCUCUUGCACAAUGUACAACAUUGGGUUGGAUCAUUUCCGGUCCUUCUUCUCCUAUCGUCACUUCUACGGAGGUACAAAGCUACCAUGUUUCCAUGGAUAAAAAAUUGUAUGAUUUAAUUCAUCGAUUUUGGGAAUUAAACACAGUUCCUGAAAUUACUACAGCCCGUCUGUCUGCUGAAGAAGAAAUGUGUGAAAAACAUUUUAAGGAAACUUACUCUCGUGAUUCCAAUGGAAGAUACCAACUUAGAUUGCCAUUCAAAUUUUCUACUAAGAAAUUAGGAGAUUCAAAAACUAAAGCUAUAAGAGUGAUGACUAGUCUUUCCAAAAGGUUAUUAUCUAAAAAUCUCUACUCUCAAUUAUAUUCGGAUUUUAUGGAAGAAUACAAGAAGAUGCAGCAUAUGACACCCGUCGAUGAUCAAGGCUCAGAACCACAACAUUGUUUCUAUCUUCCUCAUCAUGGAGUUUUACGGGAAAAUAGCAAAACAACCAAGCUUAGAGUUGUGUUUAAUGGAUCAAGCAAUACUACAACUGGUCUAUCGUUAAAUGAUCUACUGUAUAAAGGAGCCAAACUUCAAACUGAAUUAUUUGAUGUUUUGUUAUGGUUUCGCAAAUUUCCUUAUGUUUUUUCCUCGGAUAUGGAAAAAAUGUAUCAACAAAUAAACAUUCAUCCAGAAGAUUGGAAAUUCCAACGAAUUUUGUGGAACGAUCAAGUUGGAAAUAUUCUUACCUACCAAUUAACCACGGUUACUUACGGAUUAGCUUGUGCACCUUAUCAAGCUCUACGUACGUUGUUGCAAUUAAUUGAAGAUGAAGGAAAAACAUAUCCUCUUGCAGUGCCUACCAUGAUGAAAGGCAGAUACGUGGAUGAUAUAUUCGGAGGGGCGGAUUCGGUUCAACAAGCACAAGAAAUUGUUCGUCAGUUGAAAGGUCUAUGUAUGGCCGGCAAUUUCCCUCUACACAAAUGGGAAACCAAUGUACCAGAGAUACUUUGCGACAUCCCUUUGGAAAGACGAGUCCGCUCAUCUGCAGUCAGCAUUGAAGAGAAACAAAUUAUCCACGCUCUCGGACUUGUUUGGAAUCCUACUACAGAUGCAUUUAGUUUUACUUUGAAGCUGUCUCCUUGUAAUGUUAUAACAAAGCGAUCUAUUCUCUCCUUUAUUGCUAAAAUGUUUGAUCCUCUUGGUUUUCUAUCUCCUGUUAUGAUUAAAGCAAAAAUUUUCGUUCAGGAAUUAUGGUCAAUCAAAAUUGGUUGGGAUGAUCCAUUGCCGGAAUUAUUAUCUCAAAGGUGGAACAAUUUUAUUGAACAACUGCAAACUUUGCCUUCCCUUAUCUUCCCUCGUUGGGUUGGGAUAACUUUCACUGAUUCAAUUGAAAUUCAUGGUUUCUGUGAUGCAUCGCAGCACGCGAUGGCUGCCACCAUAUACGUAAAGGCUACGACUUCUGACAAAACAAUAACAGUUAAAAUGCUUUGUGCUAAAACAAAGGUGGCACCUUUAAAAUGUUCAACUAUCCCACGUCUUGAGCUCUGCGGUGCUGUCUUGCUUACCAAACUUGUUGCACAAGUUAUACGUGUUUUCCAAAACAAAGAUACUCCAAUUUUUCUCUGGACUGAUUCUGCUGUUUCAUUCACUUGGAUAAACAACCAUCCUUCUAAAUGGAAAGAUUUUGUUCAUAACAGAGUCUGUUUCAUUCAAGAAACUCUCCCUCAAGCAGUUUGGAAAUUUGUACCCGGCAAUCAAAAUCCUGCGGACUAUGCCACACAAGGACUUACUCCAGCUCAACUUUCUUUACUUCCGGAAUGGUGGCAUGGACCAGUAUGGCUCUCUCAGUCUUCGAAGGAAUGGCCAGACAAAAUUCAAUUGCCCAAGAUUAACGAAAAUUUGGAAGAACGUCCCAAUAAAGUCGCCACGAUUGUAAAGGAUAAUCUUCACGAUAUCUGGAAUCUAAUUCAUAAAUACUCCAAUCUAACGCGAUUGCUACGCAUCACUGCUACAUGUUCAAGAGCAAUUGCUCGCUUGAGGAGAACAGGUGAUUCAUUGGGAGUCACACCUUUGACUGCAGUUGAACUGGAACAUGCAAAAACAUUUUGGUUGCAAGACCUGUAUGUACGACCGUGCCCAGGAUACAGACUAAUCAGAUGGAGACUCAAGCUAGAAGAAUACGACUAUGAAAUCAUCCACAAAUCAGGACAAAGCAAUGUAAACGUCGACGCAUUGAGCCGCUAUCCCGCGGAAAAUAAAAAACUGAUUCACCACGUAGAAGGAGAAAGAGAACAGCGAGAAUACACUGCGGAACAAAAGGAGCAGACACUGUACGAGUAUCACGACGCUCCGUUAGGCGGUCACCAGGGAGUUGCGCGAACACUACACCGCAUCAAGUUACGACACCACUGGCACGGCCUAAAUAAAGACGUCGAGAGUUAUGUUGCGAAAUGCGAAUUCUGCCAGAAGAAUAAAUUAAGACAUAAAACUAAAAUGCCACUAGUCAUCACGGACACCCCUACUAGGCCCUUUGAAAAGUGCGCCCUGGAUAUAGUAGGACCCCUCACAAUAACAGCCACGGGAAAUAAGUACGCCUUAACCUUUCAAGAUAAUCUAACCAAAUUCAGCAAGGCAAUACCGCUCGAGAACCAAGAGGCAAACACGGUAGCGAAAGCAUUCGUAACGAAAAUAAUCCUCGAACACGGAAUACCGGAAAAAGUAUUAACAGAUCAAGGCACUAAUUUCACGAGCGAAAUCUUUAAGAAUACGUGCAAAUUACUAAAAAUCCACAAGAUACAGACAACAGCGUAUCACCCAGAGAGCAACGGAGCUCUCGAACGAUCGCACAGAACACUAGCCGAAUACCUACGGCAUUAUAUAAGUACGGACCAGACAGAUUGGGAUGAAUGGCUCCCAUACGUCAUGUUCACAUAUAACACUACCCCUCAUACGGUGACAGGGCUCACACCUUUUGAAUUAAUAUACGGUCACCAAGCAAUCCUACCCUCAGCUCUUAACCAACCACCAAAGUUUACAUACACAUACGAUGACUACGCGCAAGAAUUAAAGGAAAGAAUACGCGCAGCAAAUCAAAUAGCAAAAGCUAAUUCAAAAGAAGAAAAAGAAAAGAGCAAAAAAUAUUACGAUAAAAAAGCGAAGGAAACGAGCUUCAAAGUAGGCGAUAAAGUGCUGUUAUUAGACGAAACCCUACGAAGAGGAAGAUCUAAAAAGCUAGAACCUGAAUGGAUCGGACCCUAUACAGUCAUGGAAAAGCAUAACGACGUAAACUAUUCAGUUAAAAUGGGACGAAGAACUAUCCGCGUACACGCAAACAGACUCAAACUGUUCAUCGAGAACUAA